AUGGGUCAUUUUUUGAACAAAGGAGUGUGGGGUGGUAUUUCUUAUCAAAGAUUAUUCCCUAAACAAUCUUCGAUCUUCAUUGAUGAACGGUUAGACUCGAUAAGACCACAAGGUGAUGAUAAUCGUAAUAAAAUGUAUUUUACUGGUGAACGAUAUGCAAAAUUUAUUCAAACUAUUGUAGCAGAAAAAGCAGCUAAAGAAUUAGGUGAUUUACAAAAUGCUAUUUUUCAGGACGAUCAAGAUCGUAAACAAAGGACAUGGACGGCUUUAAAUGCUGUUAAACAUGUUUCUAUCAAUCGUAUUGAACCAGUAGAUUCUGCUGCAAACUGGCUGACAUUUGGCCUAUAG